CAUCAGACCGCUAGAAAAGCUCCCCAUGAUCUCCGGCAUAGACGGAUAUAGGAACGUAGUAAGUCCUUGUGUAUAGUUGUGGUAAGCUAAUAUUUCAGCAAAUAUAUACUUGUUACUCAAGUCUUUCUCAAAAGCCAAGAAAAUCAUACUUUAUAUGGCGGCAGCAACUAGUCUAAAAUCAUUAAAUUAUUGUGCUGAAUUGUUUCUUGUUUGUGUCAAUAGUUAUCACCAUGGCUCUUGCACUCCCUGCCGAGCUUGCCGGCAGCCUUACCGAACGCGAGGCCAUUGCGGACACGCUUCACCGUGCAGUCCUUGCUUUCGACAACGCCGACGAUGCACUACUCCUCUCGGCCAUCACAGAGGACAUUUCUGUCGAGAUGCUCGGCUUCUCUGCGAAAGGCGUCGCGGAGAUCAAAGCUGCCGUUUUCGAUCGUGUAUCUAAGCUCGACACAACACACUUCCUGUCCAACAUCCGCGUCUCCAUCGAGAGCGCCACUACGGCCAAAGUGACAUGCUCCGCUUUGAGUCAGCACGUCCGUCCUGGAAAAGGUCUGGAGCCGGGAUCGUCUAAAUUUACCGCGGGUGGUAUGUACCUGUGCGAUGUAGUCAAGGUUGGCAGCUUGUGGAAAAUCAGCGCUUGGAAAAUGAAUAUUGUCUGGACGGAAGGUGACCAGACUGUCAUGGAAGGGCAAUAAGUAGGCGCUGCAAGAGGAUAUAUGUAUAGGGUUUAACAGCC